AUGAGACCUCUGGCGACGCAGGGCAUCCUCGCCCGCGUCUAUCAGUCUGACGGCAAGGCCGAGGUUGAGGAAUACGCUAGACGAGUCGGCAAAUUGGCUACCUUCUUCCUUCCGGGGAUAUACAUGGACUCCCUCAUCAAGUCUUUCAGACAGAACCCGCCGGGGAGUCCUUGGGUGUUUGCCCCGCCGAUGUCUGAGACUGCGCCUCUUCCUUUUCUCGACGAAGCGACGGCGUGGGUGAACUUUUUGAAGAGAAACGAGGCUUUGAAGGAUCUUAAAUAA